UGUGGCUGUCACAGCCUCUUGUUUCUGGCUCACCCAGCUGUGUGGGAAAGCUGGAGGGACCGGUCUGGCUGGGGGAAGGAGGAGAGCUUUGGGUGCCACAGGCCAGCCCAAGGCCUGAAUGUGGAUCUGAGGACUGGGGGUCAGGGCUGAGAACUAUGGCCUAGAGACACUGGGGUCAGCUGUGGGCCAUGGAUGGACUUCUCACCCUCCGAAGGAAACUGGGAAGGACUUCGUAGUUUGGAGCCUUAAACUGGGAGCUCCCUCCACAGAUAGCUAUAAAGAAAUGCCCUGCCUCUAGCAUCUGACCCCAGGAAUAGAGCUGGGCAGAGCCUUAGGCCCCUGGGGUGCUCCCACCCCUGGUUCCUCACAAACCAGCCACAAUGGACCAGCCAGGCCCCUUCCAAUUCCUAGGACCAGAAGGCAGCAAGUCAGCUGAAUCCAUUUCUCAGAUGGAAAAUUUGAGACUCAUGUCUCCCCAUUUGCGGGAAAGAUUUCGGCCUUUAGGGCUGUUGCCUGUUAUCCAGCAGGGGCCAGGGCCUGAUAUAUCAUGAGCUUGCCCCUCAUUGGCCCCAGGGAGGGUGUCUGCCUCCUCAUGUUCCCACAGUUGGGCCUCCUAAGGUUCUGUGGCUGGGGCUCAAAUCUCGGCUCCUCUCUUUCCUAGUUGUGAGAUCCUGGGCAAGUCACUCCACCUCUUUGAGCCUCAGCUGGCUUGUCCGUAAACAGGAAUAAUGACACCCACUCUGCCAAGCUUAUAGGUUGUUGUGAAGAGGAAAUGAGCCCUGUCACUGAGCACUGUGGUCAUUAUCAUUACUCAUGGCAUUUAGAGGCCCAAAGAGCCCCAGAUCACCUUACCUUGUGCCCUCAUUUGACAGAUGUGGCUAUCAGCUCCUGGAGAAGGGAGGCAGCUGUCCAGGAGUCUCAUGGUUGAUCAGUGGAUGAGCCAGAGCUAGAACCCACGUCUGCCGGCACCCCUCCUGUCCUGUGACUGCUGCCCAUCCUCGAAGGUGCUCCAAGGGCCACACACCGUAAGCCCGGGGACCCUGGGGUCAGGCUACAAAGUCUCCCUCCAGAGGGAGGGGGACGAGACCUUGGUCCCAGCACUCCCUCCCUUUGCCAGCCCCAGCCAUGAACUACGUGGGUCAGCUGGCUGGGACCGUGUUUGGGACGGUGAAGGAGCUGUACCGGGGCCUAAACCCGGCCACGCUGAGCGGUUGCAUCGAUGUGCUGGUCGUGAAGCAGGCGGACGGCUCCUUCCAGUGCUCGCCCUUCCACGUGCGUUUUGGCAAGCUGGGUGUCCUGCGGUCCCGGGAGAAGGUGGUGGACAUCGAGAUCAAUGGGGAACCCGUGGACUUGCACAUGAAGCUGGGGGACAGCGGGGAGGCCUUCUUCGUCCAGGAGCUGGAGAGUGAUGAGGAACAUGUGCCUCCCCGCCUGUGCACAUCACCCAUACCUUGGGGAGGCCUGUCUGGGUUCCCCUCAGACUCCCAGCUGGGUACCGCCAGUGAAUCUGAGCCUAUCGUCAUGGGUAUGGCCUCCACGGGAAGGAAGAAGAGGCUUCGUAGGAGGAAACCCAGGUGGAAAGAGGACACGGUGGCAGACGAUUCUAGUUCUGAGGAGCUGGAGGCGGGCGCUGAGAGUGAGCUGUCCCUGCUGGAGAAGCCGAGGCUGGAGCCCCCAGGCAGUAUCCAGUUGGAAGAGGAGUCCUCCUUGCAGCCCACCGACAUCCACCCCUACUCCGAUGGCGAGUGGCCCUCCCAGGCCAGCCUUUCGUCAGGUGAGCUAACAUCCCCUAAGAGCGACUCGGAGCUGGAGGUGAGGACCCCGGAGCCCAGCCCCCUGAGAGCUGAGUCCCACAUGCAGUGGGCCUGGGGGAGGCUGCCUAAGGUGGCCAAAGCUGAGUGGCUUAUGUCCUCAAUGAUCCCUGAUGGCAGCACUGGGGCAGCCUCACCUCCUCAGGGAGAGCCCAGCACCCCUGACCAUCAGCCUGACGUGAAGGUGCCCUCUCUGAUGGGUCCCCCUCUCCCUGCCCCUGAGAGAGAAAACACCAAGACUCAGCAGCCCAGGGAUGCAGGUCUCUCCCCUGCCUCAAAAUCAUGGAGCUGGGCCACUUUGGAGGGUCCAGCUCCCACCAGGCCGCCAGAGGGGGUCUCCAGGAAAAAAGGCUCCCUGAAGAGAAGCCAGCACCUGGGCCCCAGUGACAUCUACCUAGAUGACUUGCCCUCUCUGGACUCUGAGAAUGCAGCCCUCUACUUCCCCCAGAGUGACUGUGGGCUGGGGCCCAGGAGGUGGAGUGAACCUGGUAAUCAGAAGAUGCUGGGGGACCCCAACCCUGAGCAGGAGCCAGAACCUGCUCCGGACACAGUGGACACAAUAGUACUGUCCCUUUGUGGUGGACUGGCUGACAGCCGGGACAUUUCCCUGGAGAAGUUCAACAGGCACAUAGUCUCCUACCAGGAUCUCACCCAAAACCCUGGCCUCCUGGACGACCCAAACCUGGUGGUGAAAGUCAAUGAGAAGCAUUAUAACUGGGCUGUAGCUGCCCCCAUGAUCCUCUCCCUGCAAGCCUUCCAGAAGAACUUGCCCAAGAGCACCGUGGACAAGCUGGAGAAGGAGAAGAUGCCUAGGAAGGGUGGGCGGUGGUGGUUUUCCUGGCGACGCAGGGACUUCCCAGCCGAGGAGAGAAGUGCCCAGAGGGAGAAGACCACAGCCAGGGAGCCAAGGGGGGAGAAGACUGACGUUCUGAGCAGCGAGGAUGAUGCCCCAGACAGCCCUGUCAUCCUUGGGGCUCCCUCCCUGCCACCCUUGCCUCCAGCCUACACUCCUACCUACAAGAAGUCCCUCCGCCUCUCCUCUGAUCAGAUUCGGCGGCUGAACCUGCAGGAAGGUGCCAAUGAUGUGGUCUUCAGCGUGACAACCCAGUACCAGGGCACUUGUCGCUGCAGAGCCACCAUCUACCUGUGGAAGUGGGACGACAAGGUGGUGAUCUCCGACAUCGACGGCACCAUCACCAAGUCGGAUGCCCUUGGCCACAUUCUGCCCCAGCUGGGGAAAGACUGGACACACCAGGGCAUCACAAGUCUCUACCACAAAAUCCACCUAAACGGGUACAAGUUCCUGUACUGCUCGGCGCGGGCCAUUGGCAUGGCUGACCUCACCAAGGGGUACCUGCAGUGGGUGAGCGAGCGGGGCUGCGGCCUCCCCAAGGGCCCCAUCUUGCUGUCUCCCAGCAGCCUCUUCUCUGCCCUGCACAGGGAGGUGAUUGAGAAGAAGCCAGAGGUGUUCAAGAUCGCCUGCCUGAGUGACAUCCGGCAGUUGUUUCUGCCCCAUGGACAGCCCUUCUAUGCCGCUUUUGGGAACAGGCCCAAUGAUAUCACUGCCUACCAGCAGGUGGGCCUACCUAAAUCUCGAAUCUUCACAGUCAACCCCCGGGGAGAGCUCAUCCAGGAGCCCAUGAAGAACCACAAAUCCACGUACGAGCGGCUCAGUGAGGUGGUCGAGCUCCUCUUCCCGCCCGUGGCCCGCGGCCCCAGCACAGACCUGGCCAACCCUGAAUACAGCAACUUCUGCUACUGGCGGGAGCCACUCACUACUGUGGACCUUGACGCCCUGGCCUGAACCUGCCCUGGCUGCCCCCUCCUCCCUGGCCUGGCCCAGAACUGAUUGGGAGUCCCAGGGCAUAGGGGGUUAGAAGCUGGGUGCCACAGACCCCCC